AUGUGCAUUGCACCCCAAACCACCUACCCUGGCUGCAAAUGCAAAAGAUGGUCGAUCACGCCAUGCAAGGCCGUGAGUCGAGAACAGAGGACCAUCCAGCGGAGAUUUGCGAAGGAGGUCAAGGAUAAAAAGAAGGACGUGGAAUACGACGCCCCUGAACUCGAACCCGACUGGCCGACGGGCAAGGAUUGUUCGCAGUUCAGGAUCACCGUCCGAGGCCUGGCCUCGGAAGAGAAAUGCCCUGACUGUAUACUGAAAGAGGAGAAGAUACGAUAUGGAUAUGGGACCAGCAACAUCGAUCCUGAUGUCGCCAAAAGAAUUCGCAAGCUUGAAUUCAUGGCAAGAGAUGCUCAGCCGGAGUGGUCUGAUUCCGAGGGGGAGAAAUAG